AUGGAGGACGAGGCUCUGGGGGGCGGCGCCCUCAUGGACGAGCUUCUCCGGGACUUCUCCGGCGACAGCCCACCGCCGCCGCCGCCGCCGGCGGAGGCCCCCCCCCGGCGGCGGAGCCAUGGGAGCCCCUCCUCCGCCGCCGGGACCGGCACCACCAUAGUGCACCCCUCCCUCCUCGAUGGUCCGGUAUCGGGGUCGGCUCUCCAGACCUUCCCCGUUAAGUACCGAUACCGCCUCCGAGGAGGAUUAAAACCAUCUUCAUCCUCUUCUUCUUGUUCUUGUUCUUGUUCUUCUACUUCUAUUUUGAUGGCGAGAACCCGUUUCUGGGUCCUUGCUUAUCUUCUCUUCUUCCGCCGCCGCAGGCAUUCGUGGAGGAAGACCUGGAGUGGCUAUCGAACAAGGACGCCUUCCCCAGCCUAGACACCUUCCUCUCCGUCCCCCACAGGCCCUCGCCGCCGGCCCCGGCCGGCGCCAAGCGGCCCAGCCCCGUCUCCGUACUCGACGGGGCGCCGCCGCCACCGCCACCGUCGGCGCUGGCUCUGCAAUGGGCCGCGGGGCGGGAGAGGAGCAGGGGCCACCAGCGCCGGCGGCGUGACCUGCGCGCCCUCCGCGGCAAGUCCCCCGAGCAGGCGGCGCACGCGUCGCGCGAGAAGAGGCGGUGCUGGCACUGCGCGACGGAGGAGACGCCGCAGUGGCGGGCGGGGCCCGAGGGGCCAAAAACCCUGUGCAACGCCUGCGGUGUGCGCUACAAGUCCGGCCGCCUCGUGCCGGAGUACCGCCCGGCCAGCAGCCCCACCUUCUCCAGCGAACUCCAUUCCAACUCCCACCGCAGGAUCAUGGAGAUGCGACGGAGGAACCUCGAGGAGCUGGGGACGGCGGCCAAGCAGGGCUAG